AUGGCCGUCAGCGUGCAGGAGAAGCCCCGCCCGGUGGCCGAGGAGGGCGGAUGGGGGUGGGCGGUCGUUGCGGCCUGCUUCCUCGCCACCAUCUGUAUUCGCGCAGUCACCAGAUGUGUUUCCAUGUUUUUCGUGGAGUUCCAGCUGCACUUUGAGCGAGAUUAUUCCACCACAGCCUGGAUACACAGCCUCAUCGACUGCACCACUAUGCUCUGUGCACCUCUGGGUAGUUUCCUUGGUAACCGUCUGUCGUGCCGAGCCACGGUGAUGCUCGGGGGCUUCUUGUCCGCGCUAGGUCUGAUCCUCGGGUGCUUCGCUUCCUCUCUGGAGCAUCUCUACAUCUCUCUGGGCAUCAUCACAGGUGUGGGCUUCGCUUUGAGCUAUGCUCCAUCCAUCGCCAUGGUCGGUCGCUACUUCAGCGAGAGAAAAGCGUUGGCGUACGGCAUCGCCCAGUCUGGCAGUGGCAUUGGAACCUUCAUUUUGGCUCCUUUGGUGCAGCUGCUUAUCGAUCAAUACUCUUGGAGGGGCGCCAUGCUGGUCCUGGGCGGCUUUGUCUCUAAUUUGUGUGUGUGCGGAGCCUUGAUGAGGCCGGUGUUGGAGCAUAAAGACAGGAAAAGCUUCUCCCUCAAAAGCACCAAAGAAGAAUCCGAAGAGAGCCCACUAAAGUCACUGGAAAAGAGUGACCUGAACUACACUGAAGGACUCUUGAUUGCUAACUGCCACCUAGAGAACAGCAAACUAGCCGAGGUCAGCAAGCUAAAUCAGGCUAACGCACUAGCCCUGCUAUCCGGCGGGCCCGACAACAGGCUGACAGAUCUCAAGCUGGCCGAGUGCAUUUUAAUCAGCAAUGUGCAAACGACAACCGCACUCGGGGAGACUCCGAACUCAAACUGCAAAACGGCCGACGCAAAGAGGGAAGUUCGGGGUUGUUGUAGUUGUUACCUCCAGCUGGAAGAAGACUUUGGCUUCCUGAUGGUUCCGGACUUCUUGGUCCUGGCUUUGUCCUUCCUCUUCCUGGCGUACGGUUGUAGUACUCCAGUGGUCUACCUAGUUCCCUACGCCCUCAGCAAGGGGGUGGAGCACAAGCAGGCUGCAUUAAUCAUGUCUAUAUUUGGAGUUAGCGGCAUCGUGGGUAACGUCACCUUUGGUUGGAUCACAGACAGAGAGUGUCUGAAGCGCUACCGAGUGCUGAGCUACAUGCUAGCCAUCGGAGUGGAGGGCCUGAGCUGUCUGUUUGUUCCGCUCAGUCACUCUUUCGCACCUCUGGCGGCCUUCACGGUGGUCUAUGGCUACUUUGACGGUGCUUACGUGGCGCUCAUCCCCGUGGUCACCUCGGACGCUGUGGGCUCCUCCUACCUCACUUCAGCUCUGGGCGUGGUCUACUUCCUGCACGCCGUACCCUACCUCAUUAGCCCGCCCAUAGGCGGUUGGUUGGUGGACGUGACUGCCAACUACACGGCGACCUUUUUUGUCAGUGGAGUUUCAUUCAUAUGCAGCGCUGCCAUCUUGGGGGCAGCCAUGUUGGUCCGACGCUCCCGUCGGUCGAGACAGAAGGUGCCCUGUCCUGAACAUGCUGGACCAGUUCCCACCGUCAUUUAA